UAACCCCAUAACCUUCACACUAUAAGUGACCAUUGUUGUUGUAAGAGGGGGGGAAAGAGAGAAGAGAGAGAGAAAGAGAGCGAAAGCUCUUCACAGCAGCAACAACCUCGAAGCUAGUUCAAACUAGUGGGAGGUUGUGUGCAAAGAGAAAAAAAAAAGAGAUAUAACUAUAUUACAUACAAAUAUACAUACAUACAUAUAUAUUAUUUGCAUGGCUCGCGGAAAGGUGCAGAUGAAGAGGAUCGAGAACCCGGUCCACCGGCAGGUGACGUUCUGCAAGCGGCGCGCCGGGCUCCUGAAGAAGGCGAGGGAGCUGUCGGUGCUGUGCGACGCCGACAUCGGCAUCAUCAUCUUCUCCACGCAUGGGAAGCUCUACGACCUUGCCACUAAGGGGACUAUGGAGGGGUUGAUUGAGAGGUACAAAAAUGCGUGUGGGGAAGUUCAUGCUGAAGGUGGUGAGUUGAGCCAACCCCAGGAGCCUGAGCACGAGGUUAUGAUGUUAAAGCAAGAGAUCAACCUGCUGCAGAAGGGUCUCAGGUACAUGUUUGGGGAUCGAACCGCCGAACACAUGGCACUGGAAGAGUUGCUUGCCUUAGAAAGGCAUCUAGAGAUAUGGAUGUACAACAUCCGCGCCGCAAAGAUGCAGAUGAUGUUCCAAGAGAUCCAAUCCCUGAAAAAUAAGGAAGGCAUACUGAAGGCCACUAAUGAACUUCUCCAAGAAAAGAUAGUAGAGCAAAAUGGUUUCUUUGACAUAGCCCCAGUGAUAGCACAACAAAAUGGGCAUUUUGCUGUAGCCCCAGUGAUAGGUGAUCAUCAUCAUAUUCCUUAUAAUCCACUAACCAUACAAAAUGACUACUAUUCCAGUUGUAGGGGCUCAGAGAUGGGCUAUUCCUACUGAUCAUGCUAAUAAGGCUUGAGGGACGUGACUUGCUUAAAGUAUGUUUAUUAUUGUUAUUAUUAUUAUUAUUAUUAUUAUUAUUAGGGUUUGAUUUGCAUGUUUAACUUGUGUCUGUGUACAGUUUGGGUUUUGUUCAUAAUGGUCCCUCAAGCACUCAUCAAUUAUUUCCUGCUGGUGCUGAAUUAAUAACUGCUAUAUAUAUACUUUGUAUUAUGUUGGAGAUUAAUUGGUUGUUUUCUCUUAAUUUGUCGCGACUAAUUAGAAAAUUGUGUGAGGGGUUUAAUGUAAUUUCUUGCCAUUUUCUAUCUAGUGUUUUGUUUUCAU